AUGUUCUGCCAUGUCUAUCUCGGCUCGUUCCUUAAGGUCGCCGGGUCUGGCAAGUCCGUCACCCUGGGCGCCUCGGACAUGGCAAUCGCAGCAAUCUACAUUCACGCACUUGGCUGGGCUGUUGGUCUCUACAGCUUGCCGUAUCUGUUUGGCGCAGAAUUAUGGCCCAACCGAAUCCGUUCCUUUGGGGGUGCGCUCUCCCAGUGCUUCCAUUGGCUCUUCUUGUUCGCCAUUACGAAAGCGACUCCCUCUAUCCUUUCAUCCAUGAACAAAUGGGGCGCCUUUGUCUUUUUCGCCGUAUGGUGCUUCAUUGCUCUCAUCUACUGCUUCAUCAUGGUACCCGAGACCAGUGGUCGCAGCCUCGAGAGCAUGAACAGACUUUUCGAGCACCGUUGGUACGAGAUGCGAAAAUAUGCGUAUGAGGAUAUCCCCGUCGGUAAAGCAGAUCAAACGGCAGAGGACAAAGAUACGGAGCGAGGCUCUGUCGAGCGCGUCGAGCGAAUUUGA